UAAGUAUGUUCCCAUCACAAAGGCAUAUACUAUGGCUUCUCCUCCACACAAGAACCCAGAGUCAGUCACAGCUGGCUGAACCCAUCAUAACAUAACACACAUUAGUAACAAUGGCUUGUGCAACCACAAGGCCAGCUUUCUCCUUCCACCUCUCAACCCCUUUUUGCAAACUCAAUCCUUUCAAACCCAAACUUCAUUACACCAGUACUCCUUCCUCCCUCUUCCCUAAAACCCUCUCCAACAAAAGCUCUAAUAAUCGUCGCAAAUUCACCGUAAACUCCGUUGACAUCUCAAAAGAAGACACACCCACACCCACACCCACUUCAGAGUCAGAGCAAUCAGACUUAGCAUCACAAUCACAAGAAUCUGAAAACUUGGAUAAGAGUCGCCUCGAAGAGAAAUUCGCGGUGCUGAAUACUGGGAUCUACGAAUGCCGUUCGUGUGGGUAUAAAUACGACGAGGCCGUUGGUGACCCUUCGUAUCCGAUUCCGCCGGGAUUUCAGUUUGAGAAGCUACCGGAUGAUUGGCGGUGCCCGACGUGUGGGGCGGCGCAGAGUUUCUUUCAGAGUAAAAGCGUUGAGAUAGCUGGGUUUGCGCAGAACCAGCAAUAUGGGUUUGGUGGCAAUUCUCUCACUUCUGGUCAGAAGGCUGUGCUUAUAUAUGGCUCUUUGGUCUUUUUCUUUGCGCUUUUUCUCGGUGGCUACUUCCUACAAUAGUUUUUUUAUGUUCAUCUCAUCUCAUCUCAUCAGGUAACUUAUAUUUCUUCUUUAUUUUUAUUUUUUCUCAUUAUUUAAGCGUGAAGAGGGCUUGCUUUUCUGUUCGAUGCGUAUUGGUGCUAUAUUCAAUAUCUGAAAGUUGUAGUUUUUAUUUGAAACGACAACAUCGUCCAAUGCUUUUGUUGGUAACAUGUAUAUGUAUCUAGUCACUGGUCUGAGCCCGAGUGUCCAAUCAAAGAUACAUGAUUAAAGAA